CGAACGUCACGAUAAAAUAAUCAUGGCGUUCGCGUUAACAUAUCGCGAAAUCUCAAGUUGAAAUAAUUAAUCGUCGCUUAGUUAUUAGUGAAAAACGAUUAUUAAUUAAAAAGGAGAAAGGGAGAAUUGAGCAAAAUUUUUUUUGUUAGAGUGACGUAGAGAGAGAGCGAGAGAUAGAGGUCAAGGAUAAAAUAAAAUGAGAGACCGUCGCGGCGGCGUCUCGACGACGACGGGUUGGUCUCGUCGAUGUCGUCGUCGAUUUAGCACAAAAAAAGUAAAUAUUAAUUAUUCAUAAUUUUUCGUUAAAUAAUAACAAAACCCGACGGAGGAGUGUAUUUGCGAAUGUGGCGCCGCGAGGUUAGGAUCAACGUAGCAAUUUUUUAACAAAUGCCGAACGACAUCAACGGGUGCAAAAACGAAGAAAACGCGCUCGAUUUAAAUCCAAUUUUUUUCGUUAACAAAAAGAGAUGAUGGUUGCAGAAAAGAUUUACGAUAACGAUUUGAGCUAUCCUAGAGAGGAGCCGAAAAAAUGUUUGAUUUAUCGAAUUUUCGGUCAAGUUCCGGCCCGUUUCGUCCUGUAUUUAUUAUCAUGGUCUGGAUUUUUAGUAUCAUUUAUGAUGCGUACCGACAUCAACUUAGCAAUCGUCGCAAUGGUAGAAGAACCGCAAAAAGAAACCGAUCCAAACGUAACCGACCAAUACUGUUUUGUUAAACAACCGGAGGAAGUUGAUAGCGUUUCGAAUAAUAAAUUAAUGGAUUACGGGGGAACUUUGCAAUGGUCGGCUGAUAUACAAAGUUACGUUUUGGCAUCGUUUUAUUGGGCGUACAUAAUCUCGCAAAUAGUCGGUGGUUUAGCAACUCAAAAAUUGGGCACAAAACGAGUUUUUGGGUACGCCCAGCUCGCCACGGCCAUUUGUAGCCUUUUAAUACCUUGGGCGAGCGAAACACAUUACGGAUUUGUUAUCGCAUUAAGAAGUAUUCAAGGAUUUGCAUCGGGUUUAACUUGGCCCGCUAUGUACGCUUUAGUCGGCCAUUGGAUCCCAGUUCCAGAAAGGAGCCGUUUCAUGUCUAGUUUUCAAGGAUUUAGCAUCGGAAUCGGGAUAACUUAUCCUUUGUGUGGAUUUUUAAUCGCAAAUCUCGGCUGGAGGUCGGUUUUUUACACCACCGGUUCGAUCGGGGUUAUUUGGUGCUUUAUCUGGUAUUUAUUAGCGUUUGAUUCGCCGGAAAUGCAUCCAAGGAUCUCAUUAAGCGAACAACAAUAUAUUAAAGAAAAUACGGUCAAUACUUAUGAAUCGUCGCGACAAACAACCGUACCUUGGAUGAAAAUUUUGACUUCCAUGCCGGCUUGGUCGAUUGGUAUCACGACUUUUGGACGAAUUUGGGUUCAUUAUACUUUUAUUGUUCCGGGACCAAAAUAUAUGCACAGUAUUUUAGGAUUUAGUAUUCAACAGAAUGGAGUUUUAUCAGGAGCCCCAUUUAUUUGUAGUUAUAUAGCGAGCGUUGGGUUUUGUUAUGUCGCCGAUAAAUUAGUCACAAAAAACAUUAUGUCAUUAACAAACGUCAGGAAAUUAUUCACCGCUUUAGCUCAAGUAUUACCUGGAAUCCUAGUUUUUUUAAUCCCCUACUUAGGCUGCGAUUACCACUUAAUUUUGGUGUUAUGGUUCAUCGCCGUCACUUUCAUCACUGCAGCUUAUGCAGGAGCUAUGGCUAACGUGGUUGAUAUCGCCCCAAAUUUCGCCGGGCCAGUUUUAGCUUUCGCACAAACCAUCCACAUGACAGCGAGCUUUUUAAGCCCAUUAGUAGCUGGGAGAUUAACUUACGAUGGGCACACUUUAACUGCUUGGCGCAACGUUUUUAACGUAACAGCAUUCGUGGCGAUCUCCACGUACGCUGUUUAUCAAAUUUGGGGCACCGGCGAGAUCCAACCUUGGAAUUACACCCAAGAGUGCGAAAAUAUCGCAAGGGAGCAAGAGUGCAUGUUGGAAAAAGGCGGGAAAAAUAGCGUUGAGGGAAAAAAUCCACAAGAAAAUGAAACAAGAAAUAACGGCGCGAUCGCAUAAACGUAACAAUCAUAAUUAUGUGUAAUUAAUUAAUUAAAAACGAUUUGUAUGCAUUAAAAUAACUUAAAAGCGGUGGUAGUUAAAACGAAAAAUACUAACAACAAGAUUUGUUGAUGUUAAAAAGGCUGUGUUGAAAAAUUAUUUAACAAGAAAAUUUUAUGUCUUAACAAAAAGGGGGUAGCUCUCUAAAAUUCUUAUUUUAUUGGAUUUAUAGGUUUAGAAAUAAUCUCGAAGAGGUGUUUUGUGAUAGGGACGAGACGAACAAUAAUAAUCUAUGUAAAAAGAAACAAUCCGUUCCUAAUUCUCUAUUUUUCCUGUAUUCUACGAUACAUCUAAUCUCUUUCUCAGGUAUACUCUAAAAAUGUUUUUAAAUGAUAAAACGUUUAACUCUGUCAGUAUCAUCUUCACAAAUCAUUCCAUUUACGAUAGAAAAAUCCGUACUAUUAUAAAUAAUUAAAUUCUUUUAAAUAAAAUUGUUUAAAAACGAGGUUAUGUUUAA